CAAACAGGGAAAAGUGUUUCUAUGCGGCUGUAGAGCUUCUCUGUCACAAUUUCUCCUCUGGGGAAGAGCAUAAUCCCUGAUCUCUCUCUCCUCCCACUCCCACCCGAAAGGAGAAGGGUGCGCUCCAGGCCCCUCCCCAGGGGCUGUGGAGUCAGAGGAGGCAAAGGCAGAAGAGAAGUAGGCGAGGGGGAAGAGGGAGGGAAGUUGGGUUCCUUUGCUGGCACAUGGAUGCAAUUAUACGGAGCGCAUGCCAGAGACGUUGCUUUCCAUUCCGUGCAGGUCUUCUCUGUCUGUCUGACGUGCCUGGGACUAGGGGAGCCACAGAGGGGAAAAGUGUCCGAGUCCUGGAAACGGAAUGUCUUUCCUGCCCAUCCUCUUCCUAGUUUCCUGUUAUGUUGGGACAUGGGGCACUCAUAUGGAAAUCAAAAAAGUGGCUGAGGAGAAGGUCACUUUGCCUUGUCAUCAUCAGCUGGGGCUCCCAGAAAGAGAUACCUUGGAUAUCGAGUGGCUGCUAACAGAACCUGAUGGGAAUCAAAAAGUGGUGAUCACCUAUUCCAGCCGCCAGGUCUAUAAUAAUCUGACUGAGGAGCAGAAAGGGCGUGUAGCCUUUGCUUCCAACUUCCUGGCGGGAGAUGCCUCCCUGCAGAUUGAGCCCCUGAAGCCUAGUGAUGAGGGCCAAUACACCUGCAAAGUGAAGAAUUCAGGGCGCUACCAGUGGAACCGCAUCAACUUGAAAGUCCUGGUGAGACCAUCUAAACCUAAAUGUGAGCUAGAAGGAGUGCUGACAGAGGGAGGGGACCUGACCUUGCAGUGUGAGUCAUCUUCGGGCACAAAGCCUAUUGUGUACCACUGGCAGCGCAUCAAGGAAAAGGAGGGAGAAGAUGAGCACCUGCCCCCGAAAUCACGGGUUGACUAUGAAAACCCUGGGCGUGUUUUGCUGCAGAAUCUCACUUUAUCUUCCUCUGGACUGUAUCAAUGCACAGCAGGCAACGAGGCGGGGAAGGAAAGCUGUGUGGUUCGAGUGACAGUGCAGUAUGUACAAAGCAUUGGCAUGGUUGCGGGUGCAGUGACUGGUAUGGUGGCUGGAGCCCUGCUGAUUUUCCUCUUGAUAUGGUUGCUCAUCCGAAGGAAAGACAAGAAUAGAUAUGAAGAAGAAGAAAGACCCAAUGAAAUCAGAGAAGAUGCUGAGGCGCCUAAAGCUCGACUUGUGAAACCUGGCUCCUCCUCCUCGGGCUCCAGGAGUUCCCGUUCUGGCUCCUCCUCCACCCGCUCCACAGCCAAUAGUGCCUCUCGCAGCCAGAGGACACUGUCCAGUGAGGCUGCAGCCCAGCCAGGGGCAGGCUCCCACCCCUACAGCUUGGUGGGGUCAGAAGCAAGAGGCCCAGAGCAAAAGAAAGUUCAUCAUGCCACCCUGUCCAAAGCAGGGGCCAUACCCAGCACAGUCCCCAGUCAGAGCAGAGCCUUCCAAACUGUCUGAGUUGAGAUGAACCCUCCUCCCAUGCUCUCCUGAUGGUCAGAAGCUUGGGAUACUCCUGGUUACUUGGAACUCAGUCACCAGCCAGCCACCCAGCCCCUUCAGGGUAGGGGGAGAGGUCAUUAGGAUGACUACAAACAUUGCAAAGGACUUGCCCACAUGAGUAUUUUGUUUCAACAGGGCACCAAUAGGGAUGAGAUGUGAACUGAGUAAUCUACAAAGAGGCAUUUCAUUAUGCUUUAAAACUGGAAUGGGCAGGAGCUCAUUCCUACCUAUCUCUUAGCCAGAUUACCUGGGGAUGGAUGAGCAUGCUCAUGAUUUCCUAUGCACCUGUACAGACACCUGUUGAGUUACUAGGUUUAUGCAAAUAGCCAAACAGAGUCCACAGAGAUAUGGAUUAUUCAGAUAGCCUUAGAGUUCACUUACCUGCCCAGUCUCGUUGGUUCACCACUUCUGAGGACGCUGAAACACAAAACCCUGAUUCUCAUCCUGAUUUUACUUCAUUUGGGUGUGUGUGGGGGAGCUUGGCCCCCAGUUUUAAGAGCAAGUUGAAGAGGUCCAAGAAAAAUAUGAAGCAAAGGAGUCUUUCUAUAUUCCACAUGCCUGGAAUCUUACUUCAUGGCAAAGUACUGUAAACAAACAAACUAAAAACUUAUCCAGGGACUCGCUAAAGGUAUAAAUAGUGUUUUGUAUAGGGGAUUUCUGAGAAAUAUCAGGAACAUAAUGGUAAGGCAAUCUUGGCUUUUCUUUCUUUCCUGUCUACCGGGAUUUUUGCUUUGGGGAUUUAUAAGGGAAAAGAAUGUUCAUGUUCUGAAAUAGUACUAACAAAGUGGUCUUCAAGAGAGGAGGGAUUCCUAAUGUAUAACUCACAUUUAUAGAGUGCUUUACAGUUUGGAACAUACUCACCCUGCCCCUCCCAGUCCCAUGAAUAGUGCAAAUAUUCUUCUCCCUAUAUUUCAGAUUAGUAAACUGAUGUUCAGAGGGGCUCAAUGAAUUACUUAUAGUCACCCACAACUUGAAACCAGUUCUUCCAGCUCUUUGUUCAGUGCCCACUUCACAUGCUGCCUCUUCACACCAUGCUGCCUCUUGAAAGUUAUGGAUGCCCCCUGAAAUAUCACCUUGGUCUUCUCUUCCUGAGACCACAAGCAACCCACAUUUUAAUGCUGAAUGAGAGAAAGAGGACUGUCUUUCUCACGUUUGUUUCUAAGGAAUGCUAUGAGGAUUCUAAGAAGGUCUGCUUCUACUUGGGGGAUUCUGCCUCCUACUUUUUCCAGAAUAGCUUUGACUCUCUCUAGAAACUGGGGACUCAGGCUUUGAAUGAUCCUGCAGACCAGGGCUAAACACCCUUUCAGAUGGUAAAUAUUAAGUAUUCCCCUUUCUCAGGAGAAUGGGGAGGAAGGAAGGAAGCAAGCAAACUUUUAUUAAGUUCUUUUCAUUGGCCAAGCAUUGUGAAAACAAAUACAAGCAAAAAGAAAGGCAAUCCUACCCUCCAGGAGCUUAUGUUCUAAGGGGGAUAGACAACACCACAGAAUGUAUCUGGCCCAUGAAGUGAACAGGGCCUGAAGGAUAGAGCCAGGUUCAGCCAAUAAUACCUGUCCAAGCCUUAGACCAUAUUAGCAGAAGUUUCAGUGCUCCUCUGGCCUUCUAGCUAGAGGUAACUAUGUGCCAUACGAAGCCAAAGUUGAGAAAGGAUUUUGUGGUGGGAGGGCUGGCUGGCCAAGCAGUGGUCAGGAUUGAUUUUCUCUCACUUAGCUCACAAGUUAAGCCUUUGGCACUCAUCAGUUAUCAUCUUAAUGGGGGAAGGAAAGAAUCCAGUAGGAAUAGUGAAUAAAAGGUGGGGUGAGGGUAGGGUGGGAUGAGGGGCUGCCAAAUCAAACUUCUUUCUUCCUUCAUGGUUUAGUCUAUAUUGUUUCAAAAAACAUCUCUUCUACUUAUGGCAUGGUGACUCUCCCUUUACGUAGAUCCAAUUUCCCCAUCCAGGGCUGGUGAUACUACAUACCCCCUCCCCCUGCCCCAACACACAUUCACAGUCCACUCAAAUUUCACUGUCUGCUGAGUGGAGUAGAACACAAGGGCACAAUCCUAGGAGAGAAAAGGUAAAGCUAAAGAUGGAAAUCUAUAUAUGUAUGGCUUCUCAAAUGAGGGUCUGGGUAUUAAAGCAAAUAUUCUAAUGGAGAUGAUAGUUUCAUUGGCAAGUACUUAGCAAAGUUACUGUCCCAUCAAUCUGGUUUUCAAUUCCCACAGUUAACUCCUGGUUCAUCACACAAUAUUAUAUUCAAGGAUCAUACCCUUACUGGCUCUAUAUAAAACAAAGUCAAAAAAAAAAAAAAAGAGGUGGAGAGGUUGGGGCAGGGCAUUACUCUGUGGAAUCUGCCUUGGAACCUGUCCAGCAACAUCUUUAGCUGAGUUAAGAUUAUAUUGGAAUUCACAGGCAGGCCUUCCAGAUUUUCCAUGGAGUAAUCUGCUGUUUCAAAUUUUGAUUAGUAUCCCAGAUUUCCAUACCAUUUCAGUUUCCUGCUUAUGCCUUCUUCAACAGAAGUCUGUCCUCUUUGGAUGAAGAGAAACAAGUUUGGUUCUUCUGAAGAGUCUAGUUAUCAGAAGACUAAAAUCCCUGUUUAAUGCUCAAAUUAUUUCGGAACUCUUUUCACCAUGGAAAUGUACAAUAGAUUCAUAGUUCAGAUUGUUACUCUGGAGGUAAGAAUUUGGAAGGAAAGCUGCGGGGGUAUUUAUUUAGAGAAGCUUUACCUGAUACUCUGGAGGUCUGAAGAUAAAGGCAGAUCUAUUUCUGUUCUAACCUAUAUUCCAUUGACCACUGAUUCUUUAAUAAGGGACCAAAAAACCUCAAAAGUUGGAAGAAACUUUGUGCAUGAAGGACUAUUUGGUAUGCAAAAAGGAUGCAAAUGGAAUGUUGAUAAUGUGUGAAAGAAACCAUUUUAAUAAAAUAUAUAAACCAAACAAUUUUAUAUAUUAAUGUAUUUAAGACAAUGUUACACUGUAUAUAAACUUUUGAAGUAGAGUCGCUGUAUGUAUUUUUUUCCAUUUCUGUUGCUAAAGUGAAUUUGUUCCUCUUACCUGAUAGAAUUUAGUGUAGCUGGGGCUGUAUUUGAGCAACAUAGAAGACAAAUAUUUAUUCGAUCCUUUUGAAUCAACAGCUUUAAAAAAAAUAAAGGUGAUUCAGUAGGAGAGUCUGUAGUUCAUAUAAACUGUAUUGGAAAAGUGUUUAUCAGCUCAGUUGCUCAAAUGAAGAACAGAAGGACUGAAAUAGACUUGAAUAUGAUCAAUUUACAGGCAGCUAGGUGUUGAAAUGAACAGAGUAACCAGGACUAAAUUCAGGAAGACUCAUCUUCUGAGUUCAAAUGUGGCCUUAGACACUUACUGGCUGUGUGACAAAUCACUCAGCCCUGUUUACUUCAGUUCCUCAUCUGUACAAUGAGCUGGAGAAGGAAAUGGCAAACCAUUCCAGUAUCUUUGCCAGGAAAAUGGGCUCAUGAAGAGUCAGCCAUGAUUGAAAAUGACUGAACAACAUCAUCAAUUUAUCAAAACAAAAAGCACAAUAAGGUAAUACAGCACAAAAUUGCAUUUCAGACAUGGGAAGGAAGGAAGAACUCUGGCUUUAGCCAACUCUUCAGGUUUCUGCAAACUACAAGAACUUAAUACAAUUUAUUUACAAAAUAAAAUUAGAAGUUUGGGAUUUCAGAGUAAUAGGCUCAGCUUCCUUUCCCUACUACAUAAU